UCUGUUAACAGGUAUCACGCAAGGGAAGGAAGGGGAACAGUUCUCACCUGAAAGAUCCGUCAUUAAGGAUUUGUGUGGUGACAUCAGAGCCAAUAGGGAGGAGGGAUUUGCCUUAACAGGUUCCAUGAACCAGAGGUGCAUUUGAAGGUGGUCCAUCAGUCCGGUGUGAUGGCGGGCCCUGCCACUGAAAUCCAGGACAGGGGGCAGUGGGGAAGUAAAGUAGAAUUCUUCUUUGCCAUGGCUGGAAACAUUAUUGGCUUGGGAAAUGUGUGGAGGUUCCCGUACCUGUGCUACAAAAAUGGAGGAGGAGUGUUCCUUGUUCCCUAUGUCUUCUUCCUUUUCACCUGCGGGAUUCCCCUCUUCCUCCUUGAAACCUCGCUGGGACAGUACACGAGUCAGGGGAGCAUCACCUGCUGGAGGAAGAUCUGCCCCAUCUUUGGAGGACUGGGCUAUGGGAGUCAGGUGCUUGUUUUGUAUGGAGGAAUUUAUUACAUCAUCAUUCUGGCCUGGGCCUUCUUUUACCUGUUCUCCUCGCUCAGCUCACAACUCCCCUGGGCCAGCUGUGGUAACACCUGGAAUACAGACACCUGCACUGAGUUUGGCCAGAACAGCACCAUUGACUACUUUGCUGAGGAAGCUACAUCCCCUGUGAUUGAAUUUUGGGAGAGAAGGGUGCUGGGCUUGUCUGCAGGGAUAGAGGAGUUGGGAACUGUAAGAUGGGAGCUCGCCCUGUGCCUCCUGCUGUCCUGGAUCAUCUGCUUCUUCUGUGUGUGGAAAGGCGUGAAGUCCACAGGAAAGGUGGUGUACUUCACUGCUACUUUCCCCUACCUGAUGUUGGUGGUGCUGCUGGUCCGGGGGCUCACUCUGCCUGGAGCCAUAGAUGGCAUCAUCUUUUACCUGUAUCCAGACCCAACCCGGCUCACUGACCCUCAGGUGUGGUUGGAUGCAGGAAGCCAGAUAAUCUACUCAUAUGGACUCUGCAAUGGAUGCCUUACAGCCUUAGGAAGUUACAAUAAAUAUAACAACAACUGCUACAAAGACUGUGUGUAUCUUUGCUUGCUGAACAGUGGGACCAGCUUUGUGGCUGGCUUUGCCAUCUUCUCAGUUCUGGGUUUCAUGGCCCAUGAACAAGGAGUGGACAUCUCUAUGGUGGCUGAAUCAGGGCCCGGCUUGGCCUUCAUCGCGUACCCGCGGGCGGUGGCCAUGAUGCCUGUGCCCCAGCUGUGGGCCGUUUUCUUCUUCAUUAUGAUCAUCCUGCUGGGACUCGACAGUCAGUUUGUGAGUCAGGAAUCGCUGGUCACUUCCAUUUCAGACAUGUACCCCUCCAUCUUUCAAGUUGGACACUGGCGUAAACUCCUGCUCCUAUUAAUCAGUGUGAUCAGCUUCUUGAUUGGCCUGGUGAUGGUCACAGAGGGUGGUCUGUACAUUUUCCUGUUGUUUGAUUACUAUGCCUGCAGUGGAAUGGCACUCCUGGUCUUUGCCAUCUUUGAGUCGGUCUGCAUUGGCUGGAUUUAUGGUGCUCGCCGGCUGUACGACAACAUUGAGGACAUGAUAGGCUAUCGGCCCUGGCCCCCGAUACAGUACUGUUGGACCUAUGUCACACCCACUGUCUACAUCGGUACCUUCAUUGCCUCUAUGGUGAAGUACACCCCCCUCAUGUUUAACAGCACAUAUGAGUAUCCCUGGUGGGCUUACGUGAUUGGUGGGUCCCUGACUCUCUCCUCCACCCUCAUGGUCCCUCUCUGGAUGGGCUAUUCCAUCAGCGUCACCCCUGGAACAUUAUGGCAGAAAGUUCAAGUGCUCUGCACCCCAGCCCCUGACCUGUCCAUCUCCAGGACGGAAAAGGGGACUCUCUGUCCCCCAACAUUCGAGACUUUCACAGAGAUGUGCACCCUACGCCCCCACCGGACCCCCAAUUGCCCCUCUACAAUGGCAGCCCACUGCAGUACACCUUCUACUCCAACAAGCCAUUUCCAAUGGGUUUAAAAAAUGAGAGCACACCCAUCUGUGGACCCUGGUGUCAAUCACUGCCAGCUUGGGUGUCUUCCCUCACUUCAUUUGGGUCAGCCUGUCCACCCAACCUACAGACACCACCCAAAAAAACCCAAAGGAAUGCACAAACACUGUGAAUGCUGUGAAGACUCUGUGAAUGGACAUAAAAUGCAGCAAUUGACUGCCUUCUAUUGUUGCCACAUAUGAACAUACAGCGGGCCCUGGAAUU